GCAACCGCCAGCGCCUUGGGAGUGUGACGUCACCUUGCGGGAUCUCGUAAUGCGGCCUGCGCGGGAGGAAGCCAGGGAGUCGGAGAAGGGGGCGCGCCUCCCGUCGGCGUUGCCGCGGGUUCCCCAAGGCUUUGUUCCUUUGUUCUGGGCCGGGCUAGCUGAAUGCGGGGUAGCCCGCCUUUCUGGUGUGCCCCGCAACUGGUGCGUCUGGUCGCCAGGGGAAGUAGGAGAUCGCAGACCCUGUGGAGGGCGGGUGGCCAGACUCUAGGACCUCCUGACUACUCUGUAGGAGUCUGAGGUGCGACUGUAAGACGUGUGCUGUAAAGUGAGUGCAUCCUGUAUCUGGUAGGCCAAUCUCGGAGAGAUUAAGAUACCACUCUGGAAGGAGAGCUGGACAUCCGAGCCCCAAACUGAAGCUGCCUAGGUAUCCACGUGUCCCAAGUUCUAGCGGAAAACAUAGCGCUCCUGGGAUGGCAGGUCUGUCCUUUGCAGACUCUGCCAGUCUCCAUGAGGGACAUCUUCUACUCCCACCAUCUAGUUUUCUGGAAUCAGUGACCUUCAAGGAUGUGGUCGUGAACUUCACUCAGGAAGAAUGGAAACACUUGGAUCCUACACAGAGAGAUUUGUUCAGAGAUGUGACAUUGGAAAAUUAUACACAUCUGGUCUCUAUAGGGCUCCAGGUUUCCAAACCUGAUAUGAUCUCCCAUCUAGAGCAAGGGACAGAGCCAUGGAUUGAGGAGUCGUGCAUUCCUGUUGGUUCCUUGGAAGACUCCUGCGCCCGCCAGUGGGGACCCAGUUAUUUGUGGGGGUCGAGGGGGACCCAUACCUGCGGGAGAAUGGGCGAGAAAGAGGAGCAAGACCAAGCGGUGUCCUUGUCAAGGCUUUCGCCUGAUUCUCGGUACCGUGUCGGUGCAGGCGCCGACAACUGGAGGUUCCACCGAGAUUUGAACUUUGAAUCCAGCGAUCCAAGAUCGGGAAGACAAGGUCUCCUGAUGGGACGUCCCGGGAAGCUGGCGCAGAAGCAGGGAUGUAUUGGGCCAUUGUGUCCUGCAGAGAGCACUCCAGGAAACCGGGCAGCCCAAGCCUAACCAGAGGUGUUUCAAAUACAGAUGCUUCAUCAAUUUUGACAAACUUUUAAAAAUAAUGAGGACCUGAAGACCCUACCCUUCUCCUGAUUUAGUAGCUCUGUUCCAGGAACCAGGGGGCCAUAAAACCUUCUGGCGUCCCCUUAUCUCCUGGAGCCAUAAAACAAUCUUGUAACUUGUGGUACAUUCCCCUUUGACAUCCCCCAUCCCCUGGUGCUCACAGCCUCUGCCUUUAAAUACUCUUUUUCCCAGCCUCUCGGGGCCGACACCUCUGUCUCCUGCGCGGGAUACGUGUCGGCCCGGAGAUCUCUGUAAUAGGUCUCCGUAAUAAACCUCGCCUUUGCUUAUUACAUCCAAAAUGGUCUCUCUGUGUCUGGGUUCCGCGAUUUCCCAAGACUUGAGUAAGGGUCUCUCUGCGUGGGAUCUUUCACUAACCCUCAAAUUUUACAAUUACUUAAUGCUUUAUCGGAGGCAAGUUUUCUACAUGAAAUCAGUGAGUCAUGAUUUCAGUGUGAAUUGUCUGACAACUCACUGUCCUUUCAGUGCUCUGGCUCAGACAACUAAACAAAACCAUAGACCCAGCUCUUUGAUGGGGCUGGAGAGAUGGCUCAGUGGUUAAGAGCACUGACUGCUCUUCCAGAGGUCCUGAGUUCAAUUCCCAGCAACCACAUGGUGGCUCACAACCAUCUGUAUGGGAUCCGAUGCCCUCUUCUGGGGUGUCUGAAGACAGUAACAGUGACAUAUAUAAAAAAUAAAUAAAUCUUGAAAAUGGUAAUGGAGUUGAUAGCACACCCUCAUGAAAAGAGGAAGACUCCAUUUGCUUACUCUCAACUCCCAGCCUUGCCCUGCCAGCUCAGGGAUUUCUAGUAAGGCUGAAUCUGGACAAUAUUUACAAGAUUUGGCAUUUCUAAUUAAUGCUUCUGUUUAGAUAAAUAAAGUUUGUGAGGUGCUGGAGAGAUGGCUUAGUGGUUAAGAGCACUAAGUACUGUUCUUUUAUAGGCCAUUUAAGAACUCAAACUGGAUUGCCUGGAUCCCUUAGCAAGAGAGGACAAUGAUACCAGGCAGAUUAUAGGCCUUACAUAGGAACAAUUAGUCAAAAAAUCUCAUUCUUUAUAUCACCAAAACAAUAAUGCUGGAGACAAUAAUUUGGUAUACAAGUCAAUUUAUAAAUACAAGUGCUCAGUGUCCUCAAUUUAAUCCUUGAGGACUUAUCUUAAUAAAUAAUAUCUUAACAAUAUCUUAAUAAAUAAAAAGGGGGAGUUAUAUCCCUGUAUGCUAUACAAUUAUUUAAUAAUACUCCUUUUAUUUCCAAUUUUAAAAUUUGCAUGCCAAGGAACACUCUGAGUGUUUAUGGCACCCUACAACUAGGCAUACUUCUGCCUAGGUGAAAUAGAAAGAUUCACGUAUUGGCAUGAUCCUGUUCAGAUAUUUUAUAUGGGGAAGAGAGAAUGUUUGUGUUUUUCCUACAGGAUGCUACAGGAGUAUGCCAGCUGCCAGAGGUGGUUGGUGAGACUUGCUGAUCCUGAUUACAUGAAGAUUCAGCUCUCCUGGUUCGGGUCCCUGGAGUCAUUCCUCUGCCCUUAGAGGAAGAUGGAGGAUUCCCCCUCAUCUUUUGUCAUCACAGAGAUUUUGGCGUUGCUGCAGUCAGUGUUACCACUGCGUGUGUCCCAUCCCACUGUGGCCUAGACUCAGACCUUCUGUGCACUGCUGCUUGCUGUCGAAGACUGGACUCCAGCCGUUACCCUUGACCCCCUUAUUCCCCUGGCGACUCUUGCUGCCUUAACUGGUGUUGUCAUUUUAGUCUGUAGCUUCACAGGAAUGCCAUCUGUGUGAAGCUGCUGUGGACUGGGGAACUCUGCCCUGGUUGUGCGGAUCUCAGACAAGGUUCCAUUGCCUGCCAGUUGUUCCAGAGAAGAAUGGCCGCUCCUGAACUGUCCUGAGAAAGACUUUGGCAUUUUCGCUGCUAUUGUAGCAGCCAUUACUGCUGCAGCCAUUGUGUCUGCAGUGUCUGGAGUUACCCUCCCCCAAUCUAUUGUUUGGCAAGCACAGUGGGUGAACUUUCUGGAGUAGUUGCUAAAUUUUAUUACAGGAGCCGCUUGAAGGCCCUAGGUGUUAUGGCCCUCCGAGUUUGGCCCUAGGGCCCUUGUGCUUCUUAUCACAUGCACAAACAACACUUCCAGUCCUGGGCAACAACUAAGCAGGUGUUGUUCUCCUUGAUAGGAGACGAACCUUCUGCCCAAAUUGGGUUCAGCCUUUAUGAUAGCUGACAACGAUAGCUGACAACGGACAAUUCUUUGGGACCAGGCUUUGCCUAAGGCAGGACAUUCUGAGGCUGGCAGAAUAUAUUCCAAUGACGGGAAAGAAGCUUGUUAUCUCAAAGCGACCUAAGACAGGCUACUGCUUGAUAUUAAUAUAGGGGGACUUGCUUAAUAAAAAAAAUACAAUAGGGGGACUUGUCAGAGCCUCCUGGGUCCCCUGCAAUGUUUCACCCCACUUGUCAGACCCUUCUGGGUCUCUUGCAGGGUUUGACCCCCGCUAAGCCCUGCUGAUGCAUGUGGAAGCCUUUUGUUCCUAACAAAGGAGCAGUCUGGCCUGGUACACACACCUGGGUGAUGGUCAAUUUGUUCCUGCCUUUUGUCUUCUCGGUCUUUGUCUUUAAGAUUUAGGCUGGCCUUCCUGGAUAUUUCCCUAGUUUAUUCAGGUCGCGUAGUCGGUCUUUUGUUACCGAAGUCUCGAGCCAGGGUUUCCCACUGUGCUUUCCAGAUAUUUUCUACCUGGUGUACUUGGGGUAUAUAUUUUGGUAAAUAAAGUUACAGGAGGCCCUUCCUCUUCUGGCUUGACACGAA